CCCCGCCCCGCCCCCUCCUUCUCUCUCAUCUUUGACUUAGACUCACACGCAAAACCAAACCAGUAAUCAUCAUCAUCAUAGAGCUUCAAACUCUCCAAAUCUUUUCCUUCCACUUUCUACUCCUCCUCCUUCCCUUCUGCAACCCCAUUAUUCAGUACUUCUUCAAUCACUUUAUAUAUAGCUCCGUAAAUCCUUUUCUGGGAUACUUCUACUUCUUCCUCCUAAAAUACGCAGACCCAGCUCGGCGAUGGGCGGAAUGCUCCGCCACCGCCGCAGUCAGACGCAGCCUUCGUUUGCCACGGUAACCGCCGUGGUUUUCCUCCUAUUCGCCUCGUCUUCCGCCUUCAGCCUCUGCCCGACCCGGCAACUUGGUGGGGGAGUGAGGGAGGAGGGAGAAGAAGGGAGGCGGCCAAGCGGGUGGAAAUUUUGGGGGAGAGUGCUAAUGACUCAGAAGCGACUCAGCUUGCCGGGAUCGUCGCCACCUACGUGCAGAUCCAAGUGCGGGAGUUGCAGCCCCUGUAAGGCGGUUCACGUGCCGAUUCAACCCGGUUUUAGCGUGCCGUUGGAGUACUACCCGGAGGCUUGGCGAUGCAAGUGUGGAAACAAGCUGUUCAUGCCGUAGAGAGAAUUGAAUUUGAGGAACAAAGCAAAGCGAAUAUGCACAGAGACAACACAAAUUUCAAGUCUUUACUUUGAUUAUAUAUACUGAUCGUAUGUAUAAUAUCUACUCAUGCUGUCAUGUGAUGAGAUGAGAGACAGAACGUUGGAAAUGUAAGUUUUGGUUUAAGCACUCUCUCUCUCUCUUGUUCAUGAGUACUUUCUUUCUUUCUUUCUUUUUGUGUUUUUCCACUUGCAUCAGUGCGAAUGAUAUUAUGAGAGGAAGAUUGGAGUGAAAGCUGUAAACUGAGAUGAGCUUCUUUCUUUAGGAGGAAAAGAUGGAAAACUGUAAUGUGUCACUAUGAUCAGUAUAUUUGCUUUUUUGGUUUUU